CACUCAGCCGCACGAGCGAGUGACGAAUGUGCACCUCGCACGAUAUUAAUACGGGAACGUAUCAUUUUUAAUUAUUACGACGUCAUCGUUUCCCGCCCUUUAAACCUAAUUGGCGGGAACGUCGCGUUGCAUUUGCUAGUCCCGACAGGCGCCGUCGGCUGCAAUCCUCGCCAUCCCAUUGGCCGGGGUGCGCCUAAGGAGCGCUGCGAAAUCAAAUCGCUUGGACGUGUUUAUAUUCCAGAGUCACCCGCGCCAAGCGCGUUCGUUUAACAAUGUUGUUUUACUCUUCGCAAAGAUAUCACCUUUAAAACUCGCACUUUUGUAUCGCUAAGGUGUACACGGUUGGCGAGGGGAGGAGGCGGGGAAACAUGACGUUGCCUCCCGAGAAGGUGUCGGAGCUGAGGCAAAUCAUCUACGAUCAGCUAAAUCGCAUGGACAUCCAGAGCACGGUGCGCGCUGUGCUGGCGGAUUCCCUCCGCGGCGAGGGCGGCGAGGGCGGGCGCAAGCAGGUUCCCGUUUCGGAGCAAGACCUCCUGCAGGCACUGCACCAGCGUGGGGUGGUCGACCAAGUGAUGGAGCAGCUCGCCUUCCGCCACGGGGAUUGGAAUGGCGAUAGUGGAGGAGGUGGUGUAAGAGAUGGCAGAGGUGAUUCAUCUCCACGCAAGCCGGCGACACAUGUGGUGGACACAGACCCAGCACAGCUGCGAAAGACAAACAUCGACCCUGGCCGUAGGUACCUGCACUUGCGGGUGCUGGGUGGGCGCGCGUUCCUGGAACACCUGCACACCGGGCCGUCGCCUCCUGCCUCCCCACCUGCCGGCACCCCGGGGCGGCCAGGCCCCACGCUCACACUGCACCUCAACUUCCGCUCGCAGCGCUUCCGAUCGAAGCCCGCUGCGUGUGCCUGCGAGCCGGACCUCCGCGACAGCUUCCUGCUGGAGCUGCACGACGGAUCGCGUGGAGAAGGCGGCAAGAUGGCCGACACGACUACGCUACUGGGCAUGAGUGACCCCGUGCACCUGGUGCUGGUGAAGACUGACGAUGUCUCCGUGGAGACGACCCUGGUGACCUCGCACCGCUUGGAGUGGCGGCAUGUGCUGGCCUGCCCCACUGCAUGCUGGGACACGGCCGUUGAACUGCAGGGAGUGGGGUCUGAGUCACGGGUGGCGGUGGGGGUUCUGCACCUGCGCUUGGAGCUGCACCCGCGUCUCAUUCACACGAUCACACCCGACGUGCUCAACACGCAGCUGGGAUUGGAGCGCCAGCGAGCGGCGGAGAAGGAACGUCUCUUUCUCGUCUACGCCAAGCAGUGGUGGCGCGAGUACCUGCAGAUUCGACCUGAACAUAACAGCCGUCUCGUCAAGAUCUUUGCUCAGGAUGAGAACGGUACAAACCGGCCGGUGUGCGCGUACGUGCGUCUCCUGCGAGCGGGGCGGCUGCUGGACUCGCCGCGGCAGGCCGCCCGCUUUGUCAGCCUCCUGGGCUACGAGCGAGCUCAGGCAGUGGGCGGCGGCGCCCGCCACGAGAUGUGGAGCAGCGCUUUCGCCUUCCUGUGCCGGGGAAAGGGCGACUGUGAAGACCACGCGAACCUCCUGUGCAGCCUCCUGCUGGGCUUUGGCCUCGACGCGUUCGUGUGCGUGGGCACCAAGGCGAAGGGGGAGCCGCAUGCCUGGGUGGCCACCCGCUCCACCGACGGCACCGCCACCUUCUGGGAGAGCCUCACCGGCCACAGGUACGCGCAUCGCCCGAUAAACCUGGACGACCCGCCACUCCCUCGCGCCCAGCAGCAUCAACAGCACCACCCGUACCGCACGCUGGGCUGCGCAUACAACCACCGCGCCUUCUAUGCCAACUGCGGACCGACGCACGCCGUCGAUGCCACCCACCUGGACCUGGCGGACGGCACGCGCUGGAAGGCGAUGAGCCGGGAUGCCGUCGCCUCCGUCACCACCGCCGGGCUGGCGACGUCGGCGCUGGCGCCGCCGCUCCGCCCGCCAUCCAUCGACCCCGCCGACGCCGCCAGACGGGUGGAGACGGAGCUGAGGCUGCUGGUGGAGGAUCACAGGAAGGACCUAGGCCUGCAGACGGCGUGGGACCCGGCGCUCGCGUACCUCCUCUCGCCAGCGCUCGCUGCCUACGAGUGCGAGCGGGCGGUCGGCGUCGCCCCGGGAAACGACGAGUUCCAGGAUGCGGUGCGUCGGUUCGUGCCGGACGGGCACACCUUCAAGGGCUUCCCCAUCCACCUGCUCUCCAGGAACGCUCGCCGCGCGCUUGCCACGGCGCUACGCUCUCCGUUCUGCGAUGAGAUCGUGAGCUGCCGGGGAGACGAGGUGCGUCUGGCGGUGCGAACCCGCGUCUUCGUCUACCCGGAGAACGCCUGCGCCGUCUGGAUCAUGUUCGCCUGCACUUACCGCUCCGUGCUUUGACACUCGCACGGUGCGGGCGGGGUGGGGAGGUGCGGUGGGUGAUGGGUGAGAGGGCGGAGUAGCGGAAGAGAGGGUUCAUUGGUGGGCAAUGGGUGAGAGGGUGGAUGGGUGGGAUGAGAGGGAGGAUGGUAUGCAGUAGAUUAUCGCAAGCAGUUGUUCAACCUUAGUUGGAAGAAUGUCCAGAUCACGUUUAUAUUUCGGUUCAGCUGCAACAGUCUUUUUUUUUGUCCCAAAUGUAAAAGGUCAACACAAUUUGCUUUUAUUUUGUAGACAAGUUUCAGCCAAUCCCAAGGAUGUGAUUUUUUUCUGACUUAUCAUUAAAUGUGGUAAAGCUGUGAUGCAGGGGUUAUUGGACUCAAUAAAUCCCAGCCAUGGCUGUCAGUGAUAACCUCAACCGGUCCUGAGAUCACCUUUUCACUAAUGCUCGCUGGCUACCGUGGUGACGUAAAAAGUUUCUCGUUUGUUUUGUUUAGUUAGGUGGGAACUCAAAGAGACCAGGAUAGCCUAAUUUGUAAUAGUGACUUAGUAAAAGCGAAACUAAAAUAAAUUACAGCCAUGAAGUGAAAAUACAUUUAAAAAACAACGAUCAAAUGAGAAAUCAAAAAUAUUUCAAACAUAAAAUCUAUAUUGCAUCAAAGUUAAAUAUUAAAUUCCCAGCAGUACAAAUUGGCUCGGGCAGGAUAAUGGGAAGGAAAGAGGGGGGAUAGAAACAGGAGAUUUUACAUAUGGUAACAACUACAAUUUAUAAUGUGCUGCAAUGUUCAAGAACUUGAAGGUACAGAACCAGAGCACAUAGUCCUUCACAUGCCAGCCUGAACGGGCGUGCGCCUGAGCGGGCGUGCGCCUGAGCGGGCGUGAGCCUGAGCCGGUGUGUUCUUAGUUCCAUUUAUUUGGUAUAGCCCUGUGAGCCAUUCGGCUCUUGAAUCGGGUGCAACCGCAACAAAAAAAACAUGAACAAGAAAACAUCUUAAAGUGACUGUGAUGUGCAAACAGAAA